UGGUUUGGUACUUUCCGCAGUUACGCGCCUAUAUAAGAGAUGAUGCGUCGAAAUUCAAAAGCAGACCGCAAGUGUAACAAAUUCGGAACGGCACGCAAGGAGGUUGUUCAUCGCAACGAACGAACAUUUAUUCUUGGAGUGAAUUAGGCUUGGAGACGAACCGAAAUCAUGAUUUUACGAUUCAUGAUAUUCGUCGCUCUCGCGAUCCUGGCUAUCGAGGCGCACAACUAUCCGCAAACUUUCGAGGAACACGAACAAUGGAAAGAGUUCGAAGAAUUCCUCAAAUGGAAGAAAGCAAAGCAGUUGGGUGAAAACCAUUGGCACGGAAAGAAAUACAAGAAACAUUACUCCGAGAGCCGUGAAAUGGAUAAAGUUUACGAAAGCAACGAGCAAUCCAGCGCUGACCCACCGCCAGUCGAUCAGGCUGCAUUAAUGGCAAGAUACAUUGUCAAUCAAGCUGAUUGGGUGUCCGUGGCAACCAUAAGCACACGGAAGGACAUUGAAGGGUAUCCUGCCGCAACCUUAGUCUCAUAUAGCGACGGUGAUUUAGGAAGUGGAUUAGGAAUUCCAUAUCUUUACCUUACUCCUUUGGAUUUCACAGCUCAAGAUCUUGCAAAAGACAAUCGCGUAUCGAUGAUGAUGACAUUGGCCCAAGGAAGCUAUUGUAAAUCGAAGAACUGGGAUCCCAUGGAUCCUCGUUGCGCCCGAAUACUUAUGAGCGGAAAAAUCAUAACGUUGAAUAAUGACACCACCGAGCAUGAUUUAGCUAAACGAGUUUUCUUCGACCGUCAUCCAACAUUGGUCAACAUGCCGCCAAAUCACCGCUUCUAUUUCGCCAAACUGAAAAUAGCGACGAUCGCAGUUCUGGAUACAUUUGGCGGGCCUAAAUACGUCAAUGUGAAAGACUACUUGAAUCCACCGGUUAAUAACAUUACAGAAGAAUUUAACAGACGUUUCCCUUUGAGAUCUAGUGAAAAUGAUUCGCGGCAAGAUUACGCGCCAGUUUCUAAUGAUUUAGAUCCUAUAGUCCGCGCUGUAUAACAUAAAAUCGCAAAAUACUAAUUUAUACAUUGUUGGAUGCGCAAGAAAACAUGAAACAUUCUAAUGAGAUUACGAUUUUAUACAUUUUUUAAUGUCUGAAACUUUUUUGUGAUUCUCCAUACAAUUAUUGAUCUAAUCAUUGUAUAGGAAAAAAUAUAUAAUAAAUUUAAGAGUUUAUUUUUUCGA